CAGCGUUCAGUAAACCUUUACGUCGUCGCGACAGCGUCACGCGUCAUCGACAAAAUGGCGCACCACUCGAGGAAACGUGAAGAUGCAACCAGGCCUUCGUCCUCCUCCAGACCUUCCUCCUCUUCGCACUCCUCGGACAGGGACUACAAAUCCAGAAUGAGAGAACGCAAGCAGAAAAAAUUGUACUCCGAAGACUGGGCCCUGGCCGACGAUGACAUCGAGGGUAGGGCGUUCAACCUGCAGGAGAAGCUGGAAGAUCCAGCGUUCGCGUCCAACAGCGUCGUCCGCGAGAUGCACGGCAACGAGCUGACCGUCGAAUAUUUCCAGAGAUACGGCUUCCACACGCCGCUACUGUUCAAGGACAAGGCCGGUUUGGGCCUGGGUCUGCCAACGACAAAUUUCACGAUAAACGACGUCAGGAUGUGCGUGGGCUCCCGGAGAGUGUUGGACGUGAUGGACGUGAACACACAGAAAAACAGCGAGAUGACCAUGAGAGAAUGGCAGAAGUAUUACGAGGACCAGGAGAAGGACAAACUGUUGAACGUGAUCUCUCUGGAAUUCUCGCAUACAAAGUUGGAGCAUUACGUACAGAGCCCCACUGUAGUCAGACAAGUGGACUGGGUGGACAACGUGUGGCCCAGACACCUGAAGGAGAGCCAGGUGGAGGGCACGAACGUGCUCGAAGAGAUGAAAUACCCCAAGGUGCAGAAGUACUGCCUGAUGUCCGUCAAGGGCUGCUACACCGACUUCCACGUGGACUUCGGCGGCACCUCCGUCUGGUACCACAUACUGAAGGGCAGCAAGGUGUUCUGGCUGAUACCGCCCACCGAGCACAACCUGGCCCUCUACGAGAAGUGGGUGUUGUCCGGCAAGCAGUCGGACAUCUUCUUCGGCGACAAGGUGGACAAGUGCGUCAGGAUCACGCUGCAGGAGGGCAACACGUUCUUCAUACCGACCGGCUGGAUACACGCCGUCUACACGCCCAAGGACUCGCUGGUCUUCGGCGGCAACUUUCUGCACUCGUACGGCAUCGAGAAGCAGCUCAAGAUCGCCCAGGUGGAGGACAACACUAAGGUUCCGCAAAAAUUCAGAUAUCCAUUCUUCACCGAAAUGUUAUGGUACGUUCUGGAGCGGUACGUCCACUGUCUUCUCGGCCAUUCCCAUCUAUCAUCGGGGACGGAUAUAACCAUACCGCCCGAUAAACCACACAUCCACAUGACUCAUAUGGAGUUACACGGACUUAAGGAAAUAGUAUUAUACCUGCACAUGCUGCCGGCCAACAGAAAAAACGUACCCGAACUGAUAAAGGACCCGGUGGCCCUGAUACAGGACGUCAGGAACCUGAUCAGCAUACACAGGCUGGACGUGGCCGAUCUGGCCAUAUCCGGGAAGCCGAUCCUGUGGGUGCAGGUGAACGAGAACGACCAGGAGAACAGGAGGUCGAACGUGAGGGGCGCGAAUCACGCUAAGGGCGGAAACGGCGGCGCGGCCCCCAUAAAACCGCCCAGGAUGCCCGCCACGAAGGCCGAGAAGAGGUCUCCCAACGGCGACAAGGGUGGUCCGAGGAGGAGGAGGACUAGAUGUAAGAAAUGCGAGGCCUGUCAGCGCGCCGACUGCGGGGAGUGCAGUUUCUGCCUGGACAUGGUCAAGUUCGGCGGGCCGGGCAGGGCCAAACAGACGUGCAACAUGAGGCAGUGCCUGCAACCGAUGCUGCCGGUUACGGCCGCCUGUAUACACUGCGGUCUGGACGGUUGGAACCAGACGCCGGUCACGCCUUUACAAAAAGGACCGCAGAGGUGCGAGAGCGCCAGCAACCUGAUGGAAUGUUCGGUGUGCUACGAGAUCAGCCACCCGCAGUGCGUGCAGAACCUGUGCUCGGAGUUCUCCGGCUACGUGAACGAGGACAUGCCGAACUCGUGGGAGUGUCCGAUGUGCUGCAAGCUCGGCAAGAACACCGACUAUCGGCCGAGGCACUUCAGGGCGCGUCAGAAGUCCACCGAUAUGCGCAGGAUGUCGAUCAGUUCGGACGCGUCGAGCGCGUUCGAGCACAAGACGCACAACGAGCAGAUGAGCGACUCGGGCAGCGAGAACGACGCCGACGUCAAGUACAGCAGGGACGUGUUGCCGAUCAAGAAGAGGCGCGGCAGCGACGGGGAGGUCGAAAUUAAGCCGAAACCGGCCCUGACCGACCUGCCGCGCAAGGCGGCCUUCCGUAACCAGCUCGCGCAGCAGAUAAUAAACAACUCGACCAAGUUACUGAAGAAACCGAUGACCGUGGUGAGGCCGGCGGCCAUAAUACAGAACCCGGUGCCGAUAAACAACCUGGCGCUGGACAAGAGGUGCAUGCUGAAGGUGUUCAGGUAUCUGAAGCCCGGCGAGCUGUUCACGUGCUCGCUGGUGUGCAAGACGUGGGCCAGUUACACUGUCGACCCGUCGCUGUGGAAGAAGAUGGAAUUUUCCAGGAAACACAUAACGCCGGACAUCUUGAAAGGUAUCGUCAGGAGGCAGCCUGAGACCCUCCAUCUGGACUGGUGCCACAUCAACAAGUUCCAGCUGCCGUGGCUGAUACAGCGACUCAGCUGCCUGCGGAGCCUGUCCCUGAUCUCCGUCAACGUGAAGACGGCCGUGUCGCUGAAGACCAACCACUCGGCCGUGCUGCACGACCUCGACCUCAGCUUCAUAUCGGACUUUAACGAUUCCGCCCUUAGGGACAUCCUGGGGCCGAACAACGACAAUCGUAGGGGCAUGGGCGGCGACGACAGGUACCGCUUCAAGAACCUGAAGGUGCUCAAGUUGGCCGGUACGGACAUAUCCGACGUGUCGAUGCGUUACGUCACGCAGUACCUGCCCAAUCUGAAGGAGUUGAGUCUGGCCUUCUGCCCGAGGAUCACCGACGCCGGUAUCGCGCAGCUUAGCACCAAGCCCGCCAACACCGUGACCAACCUGGUGACCUUGGACCUGAGCCAUUCGAAGCUGAUCACCGAGACUUCCUUGGAGCACCUGUCGCGGUGCGAGAACUUGACCAGGCUGGAUUGCAGGCAUUCGCUGCAGGUUUCGACGCAGUCCCUCAUCAAGUUCGCGGCGAAGAGCGACCACGAUCUGCACGUCAAAGAUAUCAAGCUCGUCGAGAAGAGGCAGGUGACGAGGCGUAUUUGAAAAGGGACGAAAGCGUCCAUUGGUAUCAUCCUAGUCAUCAGUUUCAUAAUAUAGGAAUUCUCGAUAAAAAGCCAAGUAGUGUUACAAACCGAUACUUUCAAACUACAUGAGGAACAUGCCUUUGACAAAUAACUAGAGAAUAAACUAACAAAACAAUAGAAUAUCCAUUAUGAAAGUGUAUGUAUGUCUGUCUGUAUCGAAUGAUAGGGUGGGAACUUUUAUUGAGAUCCCCGGAUAUUUUGGUAAGAGAUGUGCCUGUAAGACCGUUCUUUUUCCGCCAGAGACCAAAGUUAUUUUGCCAGAAUCAAAACGGCCAAUCCCUUCACUUUAAUUUCCUUUCGAAGCCCGAAAGAUAACUCUACAAUUAAUCUUAUUAGAUUUAAGUUUUCUAACUUCAAACGACAUAUUAAAUUUUAUUUUAUAUUGCUGUUGGAUAUUCAGAGUUGAUGCUUUAUUAGAAAUGAAACUUUAAAAGUUGUACACUGUGUGAUUUCAAUGAAAUCAAUUUAUUAUUUUUUUUCGAUUGUCCAAAAAACAGAUUCCGUUUAUUCGUGGAUUAUAGACUCGGGAAAAAAAAUCUCGUUUAUUUACAACUGGGUGCAAUUCAGAAUUAUAUAACAUGUCUGUACAUAAAAGUGUGUGUGAGAGAUUUGAAAAUUCGAGUAUGUAUGUAUGUAGUUAUUAUAUAUAUUUUUUUCCAUUAAGUUUGGCUAAUUCGAUAUGGAACAUCACUAAAAUUAGAUAUUUUUAUUUUGAAAAAUAUUGUAUAUCUGAAAAUAAUCAUUUAUUUUUAAAU